UACUCGUUGCUGGAGCAGCAGCGCAGAGACCGCUUCCUCAAGAAGAUCUGUGCUGAAACUCAAAAGCUCUACGAAGCAUCAACGUACAGAAGCUGGGGGAAACAGUUCCUCCAGAACCACCAGACCACUAAUACCAUUGCUGUCCUGACCGGAGCUAUAGUGGUGGGGGCACACCAGGACACAGAGUCCAUGGGCUGGAAACAGGUCUCUGUCAACUACAUGGAGAAGACGAUGUUUCUGUUGAGUCAUGUAGUAGACGGCUCUCUGGACGAGGGAGUGGCGUAUGGGAGUUACACAGCAAAGUCCAUCACGCAGUACGUUUUCUUAGCACAGCGCCACUUCAGCAUAGACCACACGCAGAAUAACUGGCUGCGCAACCACUUCUGGUUUUAUUACGCCACUCUGCUUCCAGGGUUCCAGAGAACCGUCGGUAUAGGGGACUCCAACUAUAACUGGUUCUACGGGCCAGAGAGUCAGCUAGUCUUUUUAGAUUCUUUUGUGAUCAAAAACGGGUCAGGGAACUGGCUAGCGCAGCAGAUUAGGAAGCACCGGCCUAGAGAUGGCCCCAUGGGUCAGUCCUUCGCCCAGCGCUGGACAACCCUGCACACAGAGUUCAUCUGGUAUAACGCCAGCCUCGCUCCGCUGGCCCCGUACGGCUACAGCAGGGCCAGAAUGCACAUAUUCUCAAACUGGGGCGUGGUGACAUAUGGGGCGGGGCUACCUGUUGCCCAGGGCAACACCUUUGUCUCAUUUAAAUCCGGCAAGCUGGGCGGCCGGGCAGUGUUUGACAUUGUUCAUGCGAAGCCUUACUCGUGGGUGGACGGCUGGAACAGCUUUAACCCUGGUCACGAGCACCCAGACCAAAACUCUUUCACUUUUGCCCCUAAUGGGCAGGUGUUUGUGUCUGAGGCUCUGUAUGGCCCCAAGUUCAGCUACUUAAACAAUGUGUUGAUGUUCAGCUCUUCCCCAACCAGCCGGUGCAAUGCACCCUGGGAAGGCCAACUUGGAGAGUGUGCUAAGUGGCUGCGCUGGACAGAGAGUGGCGUGGGCGACUCUGCCGGAGAGCUGAUCUCGGCUUCUGCCCACGGGGAGGCGCUGUUCGUGAGCGGGGAGGCGGCUACUGCGUACUCCUCCGCUCUGGGGCUGAAGAGCGUAUACCGCGCCCUGGUGCUCCUCAACUCGCAGACCCUGCUGGUGGUGGACCAUGUAGAGAAAACAGAGCACUCGCCAGUUAACACGCUCAGCGCUUUCUUCCACAAUCUGGAUAUUGACUUUAAAUACGUGCCGCACAGGUUCGCAGACAGGUACAAUGGGGCUCUGAUGGACGUGUGGGACGCUCAUUAUAAAAUGUUCUGGUUGGACAGUCGGGGCCACAGUCCAGAAACACAGAUUCAGGAGGCAGAGCAGGAGGCCGAGUUUAAGAAGCGCUGGACGCAGUUCAUCAACGUCACCUUCCCCUUCACACACUCUGUGUCUAGGAUGGUGUACGUGAUGCAGGGGCCGUACGUUAAAGUGUCCGACUGCAAGUUCCUCGAGAGCAGUAAAGACGGCCUCAGAGUUUCUCUCGUAAUCAACAAUACUGAGAAAAUAGUUUCAAUAGUGACUAAUCACAGAGACAUCGGGGCGCGCUUCAGCUUUCUGGGGUUCGGGGGUUUUGCUAAAGUGGAGGACAGAGGACAGGUGGUGCGCUUCGGCCUGGGGGCGCAGCAGGUCUCCACACACUUACACACACACAAUCAUCUGUUUGACUUUGGGGUCACAGUGAAUGUCGCAGCUGGAGCAAUACUGUGUAUAGCCAUUGUGUUUCUGACCCUGCAGCGCAAGUGUUAUGUUUGCUUCAGCAGACUGAUGCGUUACGCUUUGCUCUCAGUCUUAAUGCUGUGGAUAACCGAGCUCCUGUUGGUGUCUAGCAGCUGCGAUCAGCUUCUGUGCAGGGUAAAGUGGCACGGAGCGGGCACAGACCCGGAGCUUCGCCAGCAGGUGCCCACCCAGCAGCAGCAGCUCCUUCUGCCCACGGUGGUCAUCACCACACUGCCCGGCUCCGGCUCCGACAUCCUCAAACACCUCUUUUACAACAACUCAGACUUUGUGUACUUGCGCAUCCCCACAGAGCACCUGGACAUCCCCGAGACAGAGUUUGAGUUUGACUCUUUAGUGGACGCCUGUGAGUGGACGCGGGCAGAUGCCCAGUGUGGGCGCUUUAAGAUGGUCCAGGGCUGGCUGCAGUCGCUGGUCCACAACACACACCUGUUCCUGCAGAGUGUCCCGCUGCGGGCGGGGGGGCGGCCGGACGGGGAUGUGGAGUAUGUGCGUGAGCUGCGGAGACACACAGUGGACUACCCCAACGCCCGUGCGGUACUGAAUCUGUGCAGUGGCUCCUGGGCACUAAAGCUGCCCUUCCUGCAGGAAGCCAUCGGCCCGUCUCUGAGGGCCAUCUAUGUAGUCCGGGACCCGCGGGCCUGGGUUUACCUAAUGCUGUAUAACAGCCGGCCCAGCCUUUACUCGCUCAAGAACAUUCCGCAGCACCUGUCCCUCAUCUUCAGGCAGGACGGCGCCAGUGAACGGUGUCCAAGCGCCUUUGCUCCAGAGUUCGAGCCGCUGUGGCAGCUGGUCUCACGCUCUGAGAACAGUGCUGUCCUUCUGCUGGCGCACCUGUGGCGGGCUCACACCGCUGCCGUGCUCAGAGUCUCCGCUGGAUUACCUGAGGACGCCUACCUGCAGCUCCGGUUCGAGGAUGUGGUCCGUCAGCCUCUGGAAACUGCAGAGCAAAUUCACUCGUUCCUGGGAGUGCCCGUCUCUCCGGCGGCCCUGAAUCAGCUGAUGUUCAGCACCUCCACAAACCUGUACAGCCUGCAGUACGAGGGGCAGGUUUCUGCCUCCAGCAUGGACCGGUGGAGGCGCCGCAUGCCCCGGCGGGACGUCCGCCUGAUCGAGCACACCUGCGGGACCCUGAUGAGGACGCUGGGCUACCGCAGGCUCAGCCACGGCUAGCUGUGCUAUUGUUGUUGUAUUUUUGCACAAAUCUGAGUGGGAACAGGCACCAGAGCUGAAUGUUAGUGUGUGAUUCUGCUUCAUGUCUACCACAAUGCCUUCAGGAUGGGUGUGUAUGCAGUUGAAGAUGAAAUGAUUAUCCCUCCUGUCAAAAUUAUUAUGCUUCAAAUAUUUUACAAGGUGUUUUCUCUCACAGAUUUCGGCGGCAGGAAGUCUUUGAUUUGAGUUUGGCUGCAAUAAAAAGUUUAUAUUUUUAAGCUCAAUGGGAUGAUUAGACCCUUUAGACCAGGUGUGGCCAACCCUGCUCCUGGAGAUCCACCUUCCUGCAGAUUUCAGUUGCAACCUAUAUCAAACACACCUGCCUGUCAUUAUCAAGAGCUGUUCAGUUCCUCAUUAACUGGUUCAGGUGUGUUAGAUCAGGGUUGGAGCUGAACUUUGCAGAAAGAAAGGUCGAUCUCCGGGAGCAGGGUUGAGCACGCCUGGUCUAAAGGGUCCAAUCAUCCCAUAACAUAAGAGUUAUUAGUGAAGAGUUAUCAGAGCUGUGUUUGUGAAUGUGCUGAGGAAAUAUUGUGUGAAAUUGAGUUCUCUUCACAGGAGGGCUGGAGAUUUUGUCUUCAAUUGCAUGUAUGUAUAUAUAUAUUACACACACACACACACACACACACACACACAUAUAUAUAUAUAUAUAUAUAUAUAGUUUAAAGGUAGAUUUACACAACACCAUUUUCAACCAAAAGUAUGUAUGCAUUUCUUCUGUUAAUUUACUCUUGUGUAUUUGGUGUAUCUAUCUGACCUGUCGCAUUAAUUAAAUGACUGUCUAAUUAGUCGUUUGCUUUAACUGUGACUGUUGCAGUACCUUUAGCAGGCACAAGGGGGAGACACACUGACAGACAGACACUAGAGCAUGCAGACACUUGUACAUUAAACAGAAUCUCAUUAAUCAACAAUCAAAUCUGCUAAAGACUCAGUUAAUCACCAUCACCGUUAUUUAAUUAACAAAGUACAAAUGAGCGCCAUGAUGAUGCAGAUGAGCUGUUUCUGUAGGCCAGAGCAGCCCUGCAGGAGUGAGGAGUGUUUCUGCACAGCGCCACCUGCUGACACACGCACACACAGCAGGAUGUUGUGUUGUUGUAUUCAUGGGUUAGAGUGGAUAUUGAUGGAUUUAACACAGUUUCAAAUGAUUUUUCACUCAAACAUGCUCAGAAAUAAACACACACCUGCCUGCAGUGUCUGUUGUGCUGUGCUGUAGACAGAGAGACGGACGAUUCAGUGUGUGUGUGUGUGUGUGUGUGUGUGUGUGUGUGUGUGUGUGUGUGUGUGUGUGUGUGUGUGUGUGUGUGUGUGUGUGUGUGUGUUUUAUGUUCUGGUUGCCAGAUCAGCGCCCUGACUCCUCUGUGUGUGUUCAGCGGACGCUCUGCUUGUGUUGAGGGUUGUGUUUGGGUCUCGGUGGUCUUCUAUCUCUCGGACACAAUAAAGAUGCUCCUUAUCUUC